CGAUUGUUGUUAGCUUAGCUUCUGUUGGGUAGAUGGUGGAGCUAGCGUAUUGGGAGCAAGGAUGACUAGUCGGCAGCAGUUAGCACGGUCACUGGAGAAAACCAGGAUGGACCUGGAAGGACUAGAUCUGAUAACGCGUCCUCCCACGGGGGUGCGCUGGUUCGAUUACGUCCUAAUCUUCGACACGAUGCUGGGCAACCCGAAGGUCCACUACAUGAUGAUUAACCCCCUCCACCCCACCAAGUUCUUCCCGAUCGUAAACACAAUGAAUAUGGAGAGGUUACGGAACCUCGUUGAUUACAGAGUGGCGGUGCAUCAUGGAUACCUUUAUAUCAUCGGUGGUAAAGAUUGGUCGAGCAAUGAAUACCUGACAACCAUGAGCAGGUACAACCCAACUACGUGCAACUGGGUGGCCGUGGCAAAGAUGUCCACCCGAAGGGCCAGGUUCACUGUCAAUAUUUUAGGCGGAUGUAUAUACGUCACGGGCGGAGAAGUCAAACAUGGGAAAGUGACGAAUUCAGUUGAGGCGUACGACCCAGUGGCCAACAAAUGGACCGAGAAGCGCCCGCUGCCUAAACCAAGAGCUGACCACGCCAGUUGUGUUUUCAACAGAGACACUCUUUUCGUUUCUGGCGGCUUCGGAAAUGUCACAAAACAAAUGUCGGACGUGUUUUGGCAAUAUAACACGAAGACGGACCAAUGGAGUGACGUCCUCCCACAUCUCUGGGGCCUACCAUGUCCCAAGGAAAGACACCUCAUGGCCUCAUACAGGGACCAGCUCUUCAUAUUUUCGGGAGUUACAACCAAAGGCAAAUCGAAGGAAGAGUCUAUGGACGACCCGGUACCUCAUGUCUUCAACAUCAACCAUAGAAGGGAGCACAAGAGGCCCUGGACGAAGGAGGUGCCCGUCAUGUUUAACGUCAGGAGUAGAGCAGGCAUGUUCGUCAUCGGUCACCGCGCGUACUUAGUCGGUGGACGAAACAAUAAAUGGGGUAAACCCGUUCCUAUGAUCGACUGUCUCCACAUGCGUAAGAAGAGGUGGUAUGAGACAUUGUCCCUAGGACUUGACAACCUGAUGAGUGCCCAGUGCGUUGUCCUCAGAGUCCCCGAAUCGAACUAUGAAUUCAGCCAUCUGGGCAUAGCCAUGUAUGAUAAGUGGGUUCUGUGGUAGUGGUCACGAUGCCGUAGUAAAGAGACAAUUUCUAACACAACCAAAGCAUACUGGCCACAACUAACCCCAUUUGAAAUUAUCACUUGCGGCUCAUGCACAAAUUAGCCUGGUUAGGGGAUUCUCUACUGAGCAGCACUGUUCACAGAUAUGAGACGUAUCAGCAUGGUGAUAGGAACGACCCUCUCUCACCGGUCGCACCUUGUGGUA